GCGGCGCAGCGAAUCAGUUCAGCUGAGAACGGGGGAAGGUGUGCACGUCCUCUAUCCAGAACAAAUACGCAUUGCCUUUGCGCUGUACGUUCCGACUGCGAGGGGAAUCAGCUGAUUAACAAGGGUGUGAGCUAGCGACAUAGCUACGCAGACUGUCCGAAGAUCCAUCGGGAACCUCUCAUUUCUUUUUGGAGGAGUUAUAGCUGUACCCCCAAGAUAACCAGCUAGGUUGACAGCUAGCGAGACUUUGAACGAUGGGUUCAUUCCCGGCGAUAGCAGUCCUCAUUCUGGGGAUCGCGGUUACACCUCUGACAGGCUAUAUUAUUGAGGCCUUGGCAGCCAACGCGGGCACCGGGUUCGCCGUGGCGGAGCCGCAGGUGGCCAUGUUCUGCGGGAAGCUCAACAUGCACGUGGACGUCCGGACGGGCCGCUGGGAGGCCGACCCCUCCGGGGCGAAGAGCUGCGUGGGAACCAAGGAGGCUCUGCUUCAGUACUGCCAGGAGAUAUACCCUGAGCUGCAGAUCACGAACGUGGUGGAAGCCAACCAGCCGGUCAAGAUCGAGAACUGGUGCAAGAAGGACAAGAAGCAGUGCAAGGGACACGCCCACAUUGUGGUUCCUUACAAGUGCCUGGUGGGCGAGUUCGUGAGCGACGUGCUCCUGGUGCCAGAGAAGUGCAAGUUCUUCCACAAGGAGCGCAUGGACACCUGCGUCAGCCACCAGCAGUGGCACGGCGUGGCCAAGGAGGCGUGUGCCAAAGGCAGCAUGGUUCUUCACACUCGGCUGCUCCUGCCCUCGGCCCUGGCCUCUCUCCCUGGGCCUCCGCCAGGAGCCCGCCCAUGUUUGAUGGCGCCUGACGUGCCCCUCGCCCGCAGGGAGCCCCCCGUGGAGGACCAGCCCACCCCGAAGCCCGAAACCGCAGACGACGACGAGGAGGAUGAGGAGGAGGAAGACGUGGACUACGAGGAGUACGAGUUUGAGGACAAAGACAUGGCGGUGGAGGACGACGACGACGACGACGACGAUGACGAUGAGGAAGAGGAGAAGACCAGGACCCGUGCCCAGGACACGCCCAACGAAGACAAGACGCUGCAGGAGGUCACAGCGGUGUGCUCCCUGGAGGCGGAGACGGGGCCGUGCCGCGCCUCCAUGCCCCGCUGGCACUUCGACGGGCGCCAGGGGAGGUGCGUGCGCUUCGUGUACGGCGGCUGCGCCGGGAACCGCAACAAUUUCGACUCGGAGGAGUACUGCAUGGCCGUGUGCCGGCGCCUCAUCCCGCCCACCCCCCAGCCCACCGACGACGUGGACGUGUACUUCGAGACGCCGGUGGACGACAAGGAGCACAGCCGCUUCCAGAGGGCCAAGGAGCAGCUGGAGAUCAGGCACCGCAACCGCAUGGAGAGGGUGAGGAAGGAGUGGGAGGAGGCUGAGAGACAAGCUAAAAACCUGCCCAAGACUGAGAGACAGACGCUCAUCCAGGCCCUAGGCCACUGGCCUCUGAACGACCGCCGCCGCUUCGCCCUGGAGUACUACCUGGCCGCCCUGCAGGCCGACCCCCCCAGGCCCCACCGCAUCCUGCAGGCCCUGCGGCGGUACGUGCGCACAGAGAACAAGGACCGCCAGCACACCGUCCGCCAUUACCAGCACGUCCUGGCCGUCGACCCGGAGAAGGCCGCCCAGAUGAAGUCCCAGGUGAUGACGCACCUGCACGUGAUCGAGGAGCGGAUGAACCAGAGCCUGUCCCUGCUCUACAAAGUGCCCUACGUCGCCGAGGAGAUCCAGGACGAGAUCGACGAGCUCCUGCAGGAGCAGAAGGCCGACAUGGACCAGUUCCUGUCCUCCAUCUCCGAGUCGUACCCGGACGUCACCGUGUCGUCGGAGGAGAGCGUGGAGGUGCCCUUCCCCGACAGAAAACUCCACCGCCCCUUCCAGGUCACCUCGCUGGGGUCCCGCCAGGAGACAGAAGGCGUUCUGCCCGACUCCCUGCGCUCCGUCAAAAAAGGGUCCGGGCUGGACGGUUUGAUUGGCGCCGAGGAGAGAGUGAUCAACAGCAAGGCCAAGAUCAACAACGCGGUGAUUGAUGAGUCUCUGGAUGAUAAAGAGGUGAUUUACAGUGCAUACAGAGUCAGCCGUGUGCAUGAUGAUGAUGAUGAUGGUGAGCUGGAGUCCUUCCGGCCCUUAGAGGAUGAGUUCAGCUUCGGAAGCAGCGCUCUGAUUGGCCUGCUGGUGAUCGCGGUGGCCAUAGCGACGGUGAUCGUUAUCAGCCUGGUGCUGCUGAGGAAGAGGCAGUACGGCACUAUCAGCCACGGCAUCGUGGAGGUCGACCCCAUGCUGAGCCCGGAGGAGCGGCACCUCAGCAAGAUGCAGAACCACGGCUACGAGAACCCCACCUACAAGUACCUGGAGCAGAUGCAGAUCUAGGGGAGGGACGGCUGGAGCUUCGCUGCCCGGGAGGAGAGGAGGGAGAGGAGGGAGAACACACUACUGACCGAUAACACGACCGCUCACGCCGACGAAUCAUCUUCCCCCGCCUGAGAAACGCAAACGUUUUGGCUCGUUUAAAAAAAAAAAGUCUUCAAAAAAAAAAAAAGAAUCAAUCCUUGAAUAAAUGCUACUACUUCUACUGUUGUACUGUAGGACUGUCUCUUCUCCUUUUUCUCUCGAAAGGGCAAUCUAACGAUGAUAGUGUUUUUAAAAAAAUAAUUAAAAUUUCACGUGGAACGUGUGAUUCAAUGGAUUAUACAACAGUGAUUGUUUUCAGAUCGAGGCAAAUUACUUUAGUUCUUCAGUCAGGAGAAUUCGGUUUGAAAACGCGAGGCAAACCAAGUGAAAGAAUCAUUUGGGACGAUUACGUGUAAUUAAAUAACAGUCACAUGACAUGCAGCUUCUCUGUUCCAUCUUAGACGUGUCCAUGAAAUGACGACCUAUAUUUUGAAAAGAUGUUAAUUUUCUUUUUUUUUUUCCUUUUUAAUAGAUUGCUUGUAUAUGAAGGUUCUUUGUACUGAUUUUAAUGUAUAGUAAAAAAAACAAAAAAAAAGAGAAAAACAAAAUGAUUUUUUUUCUGUUCUUUGCUACCAUUAGCUACAAACUAAACAUGUAUCUAAAAUGUAGGUGUUUUAGUCAUAAUUAUUUUUUUGGUUCCCCCCCUUUCAACGAAUCCGAUGACUGUGUUGCCGACUAUCACUUUUGUCUCUCUCUCUCUGAGGAUGCGGCAGUGGUUGAGGGGAGGGAACGGAAGAUCGAUGCCGUGUACGUGCACGUGCGCGUACGCAUGGCAUGUGUGCUGUUCUGGCCUCCAGCUCCAUGACCCCCCUAUCCCAAGCACAGGCAAACGAGAUCCUCGCAUUCGCUUUUUUUUUUUUUUUUUUAAGCACCAACGCGCACCGCGGGGCUAACACUCCCUUCCCCGUUCCCCGCGGCGUCACGGCGACGGGUCCCGCGUGCAGUACCUCCUCGAGCGUUUCGCUUUUCCGCGUAUGUUUGAGAUUUGAGUGGAAUUUGUUAGUUAAAUACACUGGCUGAUCAGUAUCGAAAGAAGGGUUCUAUUGGCCCGGUAGUUACCGUUGAUCUUACACAGUUUAAAUACCCUCAAACUUGCAGUUCUGUAGUGGUGUAUAUCUGUGAGGGAGGGGGAAAAAUAAUGGUGCCGUCGUUUUGCACAAAGCCGUUGUAAGCUGUGGGGUGAAAAAAAAAAUCAAUUUUAUUAAAGCUGAAAUCGUGCGAAAGUCUAUGUAUGUAAUACACACGAUGCAGGCCUUUUUUUGUUCACCUAGUCUGGGUGUUGCCGUGCUGACGGUGAGGUCAAGUCAAAAUGGCCGCUGGAAAAGCCACCCAAAGAGAAACCACAGGGAGCUGGGGGCCCGGUUAGACGAACAGGAGAGGGCUCGCGUUUUCGGUACCGUGACCACAACAUGACCAAAAAAGUGCGCUCCAGCUGAUUCAAUAGUGUGUUUAUUGUUCCCCAUACGAUCUCAUCCGCAUGUUACUCUUAAAACCUCGUACCCGUGCUGUGGUCACAGCGCAAAAAAACGCGGCCCCAAGCCCAUUGAACUGGGUUAAGCCGAAAGGAGAAUUUGAUAAAAUGCUCCUUGUAAAAGAUGAAAAGAGAGAGCUGCAUCUGUUUUGUUUUCUCAUAGUAAUAUCUUCGUAUGCCUGUAUAGUUGAUGUUGCGACCAUGGCUUUUAUGGAGGACAACCUGUGGUGUGAAUUGUUCUUACGAUAUGAUAUUAUAUAUUUUUAAGUUUUUUUUUUGUUUUCUUUUAUUUUAUUAUUUUUUUCUACAUUUCUUUUCUCUUAAUGUGAUGGUAACUCCUAUGUAUGUGGCUGUCUCUCUAUGCACCAAUACGGCUUCAAAUCUUGUAACAGCCUGCUUGAUUGCAGGACAAGUAAGAAUGAAUUAAAAUAUAAAUAUAAAUAUAUAUAUAUAUAUAAAUCUAAACCUAAGCUACAUGAUGAUGAUGAUGACAAUGAUGAUAGUUAUGUGGGGGAACACAUCAAUAAACUCACUACUACUUCCA